AUGGCGGCAGAGUUGGAGUACGAGUCUGUUCUGUGUGUGAAGCCCGAUGUUAGCGUCUACCGGAUCCCUCCCCGGGCCUCCAACCGCGGUUACAGGGCAUCUGACUGGAAAUUAGACCAGCCUGAUUGGACUGGCCGCCUCCGAAUCACUUCGAAAGGGAAGAUUGCUUAUAUCAAGCUUGAGGAUAAAGUUUCAGGGGAGCUCUUUGCUCAGGCACCAGUAGAACAAUAUCCUGGUAUUGCUGUGGAGACAGUGACAGAUUCCAGCCGCUACUUUGUAAUCCGGAUCCAGGAUGGUACUGGGCGUAGUGCUUUCAUUGGCAUUGGCUUCACAGAUCGGGGUGAUGCCUUUGACUUUAAUGUCUCCUUGCAAGAUCAUUUCAAGUGGGUAAAGCAGGAAUCUGAGAUUUCCAGAGAAUCUCAGGAAAUGGACACUCGUCCCAAGUUGGAUCUGGGCUUCAAGGAAGGACAGACCAUCAAGUUGAGUAUUGGGAACAUUACAACUAAGAAAGGUGGUGCUUCCAAGCCCAAGGCUGUGGGAACUGGGGGCCUGAGCCUGCUCCCGCCCCCACCUGGAGGCAAAGUCACCAUCCCCCCACCAUCCUCCUCAGUUGCCAUCAGCAAUCAUGUCACUCCACCACCCAUUCCAAAAUCUAACCAUGGAGGUAGUGAUGCAGAUAUCCUUUUAGAUUUGGAUGCUCCUGCUCCUGUCCCGGCACCAGCACCAGCUCCAGUGUCUGCAAGCAAUGACUUGUGGGGAGACUUUAGCACUGCUUCCAGCUCUGUUCCAAACCAGGCACCACAGCCAUCCAACUGGGUCCAGUUCUGAAUAGCAUUAAGGACAGACUUGAAGAAAAAAA